UGUCAAUGCGACAUUCACCAAUAUGAUCACUAUAUAAGUUUGGUUUGGAUAUUCAAAAUAUAUUCCAAUUCUGAGUUCAGAAACAGAAACAUCUAAGAAUAAUAACUUAAAGUCGAAUAUUAUUAUUAUUCACUCUACAAAUAUGUUUUUGUGGAUUCUGUGCUUAGCUGCUUUCGCAUUAACGACGAGCAAAUGCGAACCACCAGUAAAUAGCUAUCUACCUCCUAACUCAGGAUCUGGGAAUGGAGGACGUCCAUCGUCACAAUAUGGGCCUCCAGGAGGAAGUCAGGGAAGAUCUCCUGGUGGAUUUAACUCCGAUUCCUCAAGCUUAGGAAAUCAAGGCGAUGGUUUUAGUUCAGGGGCAAAUCCGUCUUCUCCAUCAGGAGAGUAUGGAGUACCAGGACAAGGAGCCGGAGGUUUUCCCAGAGGUGGUUCACGCGGAUCUCAAGCACCGGGGCAAGGCUUUGCUCCAAGUUCCGAAUACGGAACUCCAAAUCAACGUGGACCAAAUGAUGCUUCAAAUGGACCAUUCCGUGGACGCGGUUCAUCACAAAGACCUGACUCUUCUUAUGGAACACCAUCUAAUCAAUAUCGAUCUCCGGGCGGUACAGGCUCUAAUGGAAGAAACGGAGGCCAAGGUUCGAGGCAACCAUUUGGUGGAUCUCCGUCUUCGUCGUACGGCACCCCUGAUUUCGGUAAUGAUUUAAAUAGUCAAAAUGAAAAUUAUCGUGGAUCAGGGGUAAAUGAAUCUAAUGAACCAGCUAAAUAUGAAUUUAGCUAUGAGGUUGAUGAUCCGGAGACAGGUACUAAGUUUGGUCAUUCAGAACAGCGCGAUGGAGAUGUGACCACAGGGGAAUAUAAUGUAGUUCUACCUGAUGGCAGAAAGCAGGUGGUCGAGUACGAGGCAGAUAGUGAGGGCUAUAAGCCCCAAAUUCGAUAUGAGGGCGCUGGUAGCGGGACAGGAGGAUCGGGUUUCGGACGUGGAGGUGCUCCAGGUGGAAACCAGGGAUAUAAUAGCGCAGAUGCAAGUGCGGACGCUUUCGCCGGAAAUGGUGCUGGUUACCCACAAUCCAGGGCUGGGCCUCAAGGUGGAAGAUAUCAACAACCCGGUUCAGGUCAAGACUCAGGUUCUUCUGGUUAUCCUAGUGGAAGACCUGAUGGACAAGGAUUUGAUAGCCAAGGACAGGGAUAUCCUGGAGGUAGAGGCAGUGGCGGCUUUCCUGGCAGUUCACAAGGAGGUGGGAAUUAUCCCGGUAGCCAAGGUGACGGUGGUUAUCCCAGUGGACCUCAAGGCGGCAGGGGUGGCCCGCGAGGCGUUGGCAGAGGAUCCAAUGGUUUUGGAGGAAGUGAUGGUUAUCCAAGUGGUGGUCCCAACGGUCUUCGUGGUUCCGGAUAUUGAUUACACCUCACAUGUUACGCGCGAUGCAGUCGAUUGUUCACUCACUUAUCCCUAUCAGAAUUUUUAGCAAAUAAAU